CCGACCUCUUAAGAAUUAAGCAAAUUCCUUCAAGCUGUGCCUGAUCAGAAUCAUAGUCACAAAAAGAGUACUGCAUUUUCCUUUUUUGUAAAAGGGAAUUAAGCGUAAAAAAAUCUCGAAAAAAAAAGCCUUUUCUUAGAUUUGAUCAGUCAAGUUUACAAUUUAAACAUGAUCUCGGCGAUUCAGUGGAUCCGUAAAGGAGCAGCAGCCAGAAAUCCAAAGAAAUACGAUCUCAACGAUGAAGAAUAUGCCAGAAUUAAUAAAUUGGCAUCUGAACAAUUAGAAGAAGCAAAAGAUGAUCUCAAGGCCGUCGAUAACAAUACAGAUGCUGCUGAGUCGAAGCCUGAACCUAUUAUUGACGAUGAGUUGGCCGAAUACAACUUAGAAAACUAUGAUAACGAAGUUGCAGCUUCUAAUAAGAAGGUUGGAAUCUUUUCGAAUAUCAAAGACCUAGCAUACUAUGAAAAUGAUGAGGAGGAUCCUUAUAUUACUUUAAAGCAAAAUGUGGAUGAGGAGGAGGAAGCCAAGGAGUUAGAAAUCUUACCUCACGAUAACAUGCUUUUAGCGGCAAAGACAGAAGAUGAAAUCUCACAACUAGAAGUAUAUGUCUACGAAGAGAAUCAAGACAACUUAUAUGUUCAUCACGAUAUUAUGUUACCGUCUUUUCCCUUGUGUCUUGAAUGGCUCGAUUAUCAUACACACGCCAGUAAAGUAGGUGAUCAAAGUACUUCUGGUAAUUACGUCGCCAUCGGUACUUUUGAUCCCGAUAUUGAAAUUUGGGAUUUGGAUACUGUGGAUAUUAUGUUCCCUGAAACCAUUCUCGGACACACGGAUAAAUCAAAAAAGAGAUCAAAGAAAGUGAACGAUAAAUACCACGUGGACGCUAUUAUGGAUUUAGCUUGGAACAAACAUCAUCGCAACUUUUUAUUAUCCUCUUCCGCUGACGGCACGAUCAAAUUGUGGGACUUGAAUACUUCAAAGUGUGUUCAAUCUUAUAACCAUCACAAUGAUAAGGUGCAAUCUGUUGUAUGGCAUCCUACUGAGCCUACCGUUUUCCUUUCUGGUUCAUAUGAUAAAACCGUUUGUGUGCUAGAUGCUCGCUCCCCCGGUCAAGUAACUCGAUGGCACGUUGAUAGCGAUGUAGAAUCUCUUCGUUGGGAUCCACAUAAUCCAUCUAAUUUCUACGUCGCUCUGGAAAGUGGCCUCAUUCAAUAUUUUGAUGUUCGUCAAGCCGUUGAUGGUAAGGGUGGCAAACCUGUCUUCACACUACAAGCACAUGAUGAAGCUGUUAGUGCCUUUGAAGUCAACCCUCUUGUUCCUGGAUGUAUUGCAACUGGUAGUACUGACAAAGUAAUCAAGAUUUGGAAUACCUCGGAUAAUAAACCCAGAUUGGUCACAAGCCGCAACUUUGAAUUAGGCAGAAUUUUCUCUACCCAAUUCUGCCCUGAUUCUCCAUUCCAGUUGGCUAUUGCCGGCUCAAUUGGUAAAUUGCAUGUUUGGGAUAUGGCGUCGAAUGCUGGUGUACGUCAAUCCUUCAGUCACCAAGCUCUGUCUCAGGUGUCAGCUACAGAAGAAAAGAAGCCUGUAACUAUAGUGAAUGAUGAGGAUGAAGAGGAUGAUGAUGAGGAUAUGGAAGGACUUCCAGCGGGCCAACCAGAUGAUGAUGAGGAAAUGAGCGAUGAUCAUGUGUAAAUAUUUUAGACCCAACAAUGUAUUCCAUCAAAAUCAAUAAAACAUGCAUUUAUUUGCAAAACUGCUAUCAUGAUCCAGUUCGUAAAUCGCAAAAAGUGAUGCUUAGAAUUAAAUAAGUGACAGGUGUACUCUUUGUUUUUAUCUUUUGCAAUAUGCUUCACUUUAAUAUCUG